AUGUUUACUCCGCGAUCUCUUCUCCUUCCGCAAUUGCUCUCUAUCCUCCUCUACCUCCCGCUCAGGAAUGCGUUCCCCUUGAAUCCCGCCGCGACAGCUCACAAUGCGGAGAGCCCCGAGGAUCAAGUCAAUGGCAGCGACCUGUGGUUCAACCUCGGCGCAGCGGUCGCGUUGGUCUUGAUUGGGGGUGUUUUUGCUGGAUUAACCAUUGCGCUGAUGGGCCAGGAUGCAGUUCACCUCCAAGUGCUGGCGACUUCGGGCGAGAAACACGAGCAGAAGCAUGCACGGACUGUGCUCAAGCUGAUCGCCAAGGGCAAACACUGGGUACUGGUGACGCUCCUACUCGGCAAUGUCGUCGUCAACGAGAGUCUCCCGAUCGUGCUGGACAAGGCGCUCGGUGGGGGAUGGGCUGCGGUCCUGGGAAGUACCGUUUUAAUCGUCAUCUUCGGCGAAGUCAUCCCCCAGUCCGUCUGCGUCCGCUACGGCCUCCCGAUCGGCGCCUACCUCUCCCCAGUCGUCCUCUUGCUCAUGUACGCCUUCGCCCCCGCCGCCUGGCCGACCGCAAAGCUCCUCGACUGGCUCCUAGGUGAAAAUCACGGCGUUGUUUACAAGAAAGCCGGGUUGAAAACGCUCGUCACGCUACACAAGUCACUUGGAUCGCAGCCGGCGGAACGAUUGAACGAGGACGAGGUCACUAUAAUUACCGCCGUGCUGGAUCUCAAGGCAAAGUCGGUCGAGAGUAUCAUGACGCCAAUGGAUCAGGUUUUUACACUGUCCACUGAGUCUGUGCUGGAUGAACGGACGAUGGAGAUUAUUUCUGCUGCGGGAUUCUCGAGGAUUCCCGUUCACAAGCCGGAUAACCCACUGGAUUUUGUCGGAAUGUUGCUCGUCAAGACGCUCAUUACGUAUGACCCCGACGAUGCGAAAAAGGUCAGCGAGUUUCAAUUGGCCACACUGCCUGAAACUGGUCCCGAGACGAGCUGCCUGGAUAUCUUGAACUACUUCCAGGAGGGACACUCACAUAUCGCGCUGGUCUCGUCGAACCCCGGAGAGAACAGUGGAGCACUUGGUGUUGUCGCGUUGGAGGAUGUUGUGGAAGAACUUAUUGGCGAGGAAAUCGUCGACGAAUCCGACAUCCCCGAAGGCUCUCAGAAGCCAACAGUACCGACCCCUAUAUCGCAAACAAACCGGGCACCGCCCGCUCAAUUCGCCGACAUCCCACCUCCCAGCAACCGCACCCUGCGCCGUUCGUCGACAGCUCCCCUGGUGAAGUCCGGAUAUAUCAACGCGAUUACGCCCGAGCAGCGGCAGCAUCUUGAUAACCUCGCACCGUCGAAUUUAGCGAGUAGUCCGAAGCAGACGAGAUUUCCUUUUGUCAAAAUCAAACGUGGUUCGCAGAGAGAAGAUAACGGUCAGAAUGGGAAGCCAGGGACGGGUGGUGAUCGGUCGACGGAUGAGCGUACGCCUCUUUUGAGGCAGUAA